UUAAAUCUGAAACUUAAAUCUGAAGCUUAAAUCUGAAACCUAAAUAUGAAACCUAAAUCUGAAACUUGAGCCAGUUUCCAGUUCUAACUCGCGUCUCCCGACAGGAGAACCUGGGGAAGCUCAUGACCAACCUGAGAACCACUCAUCCACACUUUGUGCGCUGCUUGAUACCAAAUGAAACCAAAACUCCAGGUGAGAUGGAGAACCAGCUGGUUAUUCACCAGCUGCGCUGCAACGGCGUCCUGGAAGGGAUCCGCAUCUGCAGGAAAGGAUUCCCAAGCAGGAUCCUGUACGGGGAUUUCAAACAGAGGUACAGGAUCCUUAAUCCCAGCGCCGUUCCUGAGGGUCAGUUCAUGGAUAACAAAAAGGCUGCAGAGAAGCUGCUGAGCUCCAUCGAUGUGGAUCACACCCAGUACAAGUUUGGACACACCAAGGUGUUCUUCAAAGCCGGCCUGCUGGGCGCCCUGGAGGAGAUGAGAGACGAGCGUUUGGCGCAGGUGGUGAUGUCCGUCCAGGCUCUGUGCCGCCGCUUCCUCGUCCGGAUGGAGUAUCAGAAGAUGAUGGCCAGGAAGGAGGCCAUCUACACGCUGCAGUACAACCUGCGCUCCUUCAUGAACGUAAAGCACUGGCCCUGGAUGAAGCUGUACUUCAAGCUGAAGCCUCUCCUGAAGAGCGCCGAGGCCGAGAAGGAGAUGGCUCAGAUGAAAACAGACUUCACGAAGCUGAAGGAGGAUCUGAGCCGAUCGGAGAGCCGCAGGAAGGAGCUGGAGGAGAAAAUGGUGUCGGUGGUGCAAGAAAAGAACGAUCUCCUGCUGCAGGUCCAGGCGGAAGCUGACAACCUGCUGGACGCAGAGGAGCGAUGCGAAGGCCUCAUCAAAAGCAAAAUCCAGCUGGAAGCCAAACUGAAGGAGGCGACGGAGAGGCUGGAGGACGAGGAGGAGGUCAACGCCGAGCUGACGGCCAAGAAGAGGAAACUGGAGGACGAGUGCGCCGAGCUGAAGAGGGACAUCGACGACCUGGAGCUGACCCUGGCCAAGGUGGAGAAGGAGAAACACGCCGUGGAGAACAAGGUGAAAAAUCUGACUGAGGAGCUCCAGAGUCAAGACGAAAACAUGUCCAAGCUGUCCAAAGAGAAGAAAGCUCUGCAGGAAGUCCAUCAGCAGGCGCUGGACCAUCUGCAGUCUGAGGAGGACAAAGUCACUUCCCUGACCAAAGCUAAAACCAAGCUGGAGCAACAAGUAGACGAUGUGGAAGGUUCUCUGGAGCAAGAGAAGAAGGUCCGGAUGGAUCUGGACAGAGCCAAGCGGAAGCUGGAGGCAGACCUGAAACUCGCUCAGGAAUCCAUCAUGGAUCUGGAGAACGAGAAGCAGCAGCUGGACGAGAAGAUGAAAAAAAAAGACUUUGAGUUAUCACAGCUGCAGACGAAGAUAGAAGAUGAGCAAGGAGUCAGCGGUCAGCUGCAGAAGAAGAUAAAAGAGCUGCAGGCUCGCAUUGAGGAGCUGGAGGAGGAGACGGAGGCCGAGCGCUCGGCUCGAGCCAAAGCGGAGAAGCAGCAAUCGGACCUGUCGAGGGAGCUGGAGGAGACGGCCGAGAGGCUGGAGGAGGCCGCCGGCGCCGGCGCCGCUCAGCUGGAGGCCAGCAAGAAGCGAGAGGCCGAGUUCAUCAAGCUGCGGCGCGAUCUGGAGGAGUGUUCGCUGCAGCACGAAGCCACGGCCGCCGCGCUGCGGAAGAAGCACGCAGACAGCGUGGCCGAGAUGGGAGACCAGCUGGACAACGUCCAGAGAGUCCGGCAGAAACUGGAGAAGGAGAAGAGCGAGCUGCGGCUGGAGGUGGACGACCUGUCCAGCAACAUGGACACUCUGGCCAAAGCAAAGGUUAAUCUGGAGAAAAUGUGCCAUUCACUGGAAGAUCAACUGAAUGAAGCGAAAAGCAAAGAGGAGGAAAAUCUGAGGCUCAUCAACGAUCUGUCGAGCCAGAGAGCUCGGCUGACGACGGAGCAUGGUGAGAUGCGUCGCCAGCUGGAGGAAAAGGAAUCGUUGAUGUCCCAGCUGAGCAGAGCAAAGCAAGGCUUUGUUCAGCAGAUCGAGGAGCUGAAGAGGCUUCAUGAGGAAGAGGGGAAGGCGAAGAACGCCCUGGCUCACAGUCUGCUGUCGGCGCGUCACGACUGCGAGCUGCUGAGGGAGCAGUACGAGGAGGAGCAGGAGGCCAAGGCCGAGCUGCACCGCUGCCUGUCCAAGGCCAACAGCGAGGUCGCCCAGUGGAGGAACAAGUACGAGAGCGACGCCAUCCAGCGGACCGAGGAGCUGGAGGAGGCCAAGAAACGCUUAGCGCUGCGCCUGCAGGACGCAGAGGAAGCAGUGGAGGCCGUCAACUCCAAAUGCUCUUCUCUGGAGAAAACCAAGCAGCGUCUGCAGGGCGAGGUGGAGGACCUGAUGAUGGAGGUGGAGCGGUCCAACGCUGCUGCUGCUGCUCUGGACAAGAAGCAGAGAAACUUUGACAAGGUGGUGGCAGAGUGGAAGCAGAAACAUGAGGAGGGUCAAGCAGAGUUGGAAUUGGCCCUGAAAGAGGUCCGGUCUCUGGGGACGGAGAACUUCAAGAUGAAGAACGCCUUGGAGGAAUGCCUGGAACAGCUGGAGACCUUCAAACGGGAGAAUAAAAACCUGCAGCAGGAAAUAAUGGAUCUGACAGAGCAGCUGGGGGAGACGGGAAAAACGCUCCAUGAGCUGGAGAGGUCCAAGAAGCAGGCGGAGCAGGAGAAGAUGGAGGCGCAGGCUGCUCUGGAGGAAGCAGAGGCCUCUCUGGAGCACGAGGAGUCGAAGAUCCUGCGGGUCCAGCUGGAGCUGAACCAGCUGAAGUCGGAGGCGGACAGGAAGAUGGCGGAGAAGGAGGAGGAGCUGGAGCAGCUGAAGAGGAACGGCCAGCGGGCGGCGGACGCCAUGCAGAGCAACAUGGACGCCGAGGUCCGCGGCAGGAACGACGCGCUCAGGCUGAAGAAGAAGAUGGAGGGAGACCUGAACGAGAUGGAGGUCCAGCUGAGCCACGGCACCCGGCUGGCGGCCGAGGCCCAGAGGCAGCUGAGGAACACCCAGGUCCAGGUCAAGGAGCUGCAGAUGCAGCUUGACGACUCCCUGAGGAACUCCGAGGACCUGAAGGAGCAGCUGGCCGUGUCUGAGCGCAGGAACCACCUGCUGCAGGCCGAGCUGGACGAGGUCCGCUCGGCCCUGGAGCAGACGGAGCGGAGCCGCCGGCUGGCCGAGCAGGAGCUGCUGGACGCCAGCGAGAGAGUCCAGCUGCUGCACGCCCAGAACACCAGCCUGCUGAACGGCCGGAAGAAGCUGGAGGCCGACCUGUCCACGAUUCAGGCCGAGAUGGACGACGGCGUCCAGGCCGCCAGGAACGCCGAAGAGAGAGCCAAGAAGGCCGUCACCGACGCGGCCAUGAUGGCGGAGGAGCUGAAGAAAGAGCAGGACACCAGCAGCCACCUGGAGAGGAUGAAGAAGAACCUGGAGGCCACGGUGAAGGACCUGCAGCAGCGCCUCGAUGAGGCCGAGAGCCUGGCCAUGAAAGGAGGGAAGAAGCAACUCCAGAAGCUGGAAGCAAGGGUGAGGGAGCUGGAGAACGAGCUGGAAGCAGAGCAGCGACACGGAUCCGAUUCCAUCAAGGCGCUUCGCAAGCUGGAGCGCAGGAUCAAGGAGCUCACAUACCAGUCUGAGGAGGACAGGAAGAACGUGACGAGGCUGCAGGAGCUGGUGGGCAAACUGCAGCUGAAGGUCAAAGCCUACAAGCGGCAGGCUGAGGAGGCGGAAGAGUAAGCCAACAGCCAUCUGAGCAAACUGAGGAAGGUUCAGCAUGAGCUGGAGGAGGCUGGAGAGCGGGCAGACAUCGCCGAGUCUCAGGUCAAUAAAAUGAAAGCAAAGAGGCGCGACUUGGCCAAGCCAAAAGACAGCGGCGAGUAGUCAUCACUGGUUGCCACGACGACAGCAAAACCUGAGUUAGUUUGCAACAUACUCUUAACCAAAGCUGCUUCGCUUUAAAUUAAAGUCAGUUUGUGCAACAUUUCAUCUCAUGAUGAAAUUUUAAUACUUCAGACUUUAGAAUAAGUGGAUUAUUUUCUUCACGCUGCUGCAGAGGUUUUCUACCACCAGAGGGCGACAGCACCGCGGUUUUUACACAUCCUGACUUAAAUAAGAAGUGGAGCAGUGACCUUCAGGAAGUGACUGUGUGUUAUAGCUGUUGUAUGUUGCUUUAAAUGUAAUAAACAUGUACAAAUUAAA